AUGUUCAAAAAUGACACGCGUGCAUGGACCACCUGGGCGCAACUAAUCAGCCCCACACCUCGUCAACAACGCACUGGAGAGCUUCAUCCACGCCCAUCGCUCAUCGGCCCCGGACCUGAUGUUGAGGGGGCAGACAUGGAGAGCUUCCUUCGUGAGUGGAGGCAAGAUGCCCUGAACAAAGCCCAGCACGAUUCAGCCAUAUUCAUUGGCGACAAACUACUGGCAUUAACAAACGAUGACAACGAUGCUUUCUGGCUCGCCCAGGUUCACUUCGCCACAGGGAACUACACAAGAGCUCAAGCAUUUCUGUCCAAACAAGAUCUCAUCAGCCGGAACCCAUCAUGUCAGUAUCUAGCUGGUCACUGCUUCAUCAAACAGGCUCGCUACGACGAAGCGCUUGCCGUGCUGGGGGAGCGGAAUCCUACACAUCUGAUAUCGAACCCGGAAAGCAAGCGCAAGACGCAGCACACGAGCAGUCGGGCGACCGCGCACCAAGGUAGAGGUGCGUCCAAGUCGCAGGAUCGGACAGACUCAUCGGAGGAAGACACAGCCAACAGGCGCUUUGAGGCUGCCAUGUGCUUUUUGCGAGGCAUCUGCUAUGCGAAGCAAAACGCUUUCGAUCGAGCUAAAGAGUGUUAUAAGGAUGCCGUGCGAAUUGACGUUCAGUGCUUCGAGGCUUUCCAGCAGCUGAUGAAGAACUCGCUCAUGUCGCCCGAGGAAGAAUGGCAGUUCCUCGAAUCAUUAGACUUCGAUGCCGUCUCGGUGCCGGGAGAUGCGUCUUCGUCGCAGGAGGCCGCCGAAUUCACCAAGAUGCUCUACACCACCAGGCUUUCCAAGUACCGGAACCCCGAAACUUUCACCACAGCUUGCGAGACGCUGUCGACUCACUACAACCUCGCCUCAAACCCCGACCUGCUACUCGCUCGCGCAGAUCUACUGUAUACCCAGUGCCGAUAUAAAGAUGCGCUAGGCAUCACCGACUCGGUCCUGCAAGACGACAAGUACAACUUCAGCAUUUACCCCCUCCACCUCGCCUGCCUCUACGAGCUCAAGAUGAAGAACGUGCUCUUCCUUAUCGCGCACGACCUGGCCGACAACCACCCGGAGGAGCCGUGCACGUGGCUCGCGGUGGGCAUCUAUUACUUCGCCAUCGACAAGAUCGCCGAGGCGCGGCGGUACUUUAGUAAAGCCAGCAUGAUGGAUGCGCACUUCGGCCCCGCGUGGAUAGGGUUCGCGCACACGUUCGCUGCCGAGGGCGAGCACGACCAGGCCAUCUCGGCCUACUCGACGGCGGCGCGGCUCUUCAUGGGCACGCACCUGCCGCAGGUGUUCCUGGGGAUGCAGAACCACGCGCUCAACAACAUGACGCUGGCCGACGAGUUCCUCAAGACGGCCUACGGCCUGUGCCGGACCGACCCCCUGCUGCUCAACGAGAUGGGCGUAGUCUACUACCACCAGGACCGGCCGCAGGACGCCGCCACGCUCUUUCUAAAGGCGCUCGAGGUCGCAGACGAGAUCGACGCCGAGCCCCAGGCCUGGCUGUCGGCGCGCACGAACCUGGCGCACGCGUACCGGCGCGCGCGGCGCUACGACGACGCCCUCGAGCAGUUCGACGAGGUGCUGCGCCAGGGCGGCAAGGACGCGGCCGUCUUCGCCGCCAAGGGCCUCAUCUACAUGGAGCAGGGCGGCGCGCGCGCCUUUGAAAACGCCGUCGAGGUCCUGCAUAUGGCCCUCGCCAUCAACCCCCAGGACCCCAUCGCCACGGAGCUGCUGAACAAGGCGCUGGAUGAGACGGCGGGAGUGCUGCCCUAG